UCCUUCCAGUUCUUUUUAUUCCCCUUCUUUUGGGGGGUUUGGGAAGGUGGGCACAGAAUGGAAGUCUUUGUGGGGACCCAGGAAAUGAAGUGUUUAACGGUAAAGCUUAAAGCAUUUGCUGUAGGGAAGGUUUCUCUGUACCCACCGCAUCAGCUGCUCAUUUAGCAGUGCCUGAUGUUUAUAAGAGUGCCCUGUGGAAGUCUGCAUGUUCAUGAAUGAGCUAACAGUAGCUUGGCUCUGUGUAGAAAGGAGAGGAACUAUGAAGCACAUAUACCCAUCCCUGCUUUUAUUUUUUAUUUUUCCUUCAACGUCCAGUGUUUCCAGGGCCUUUGCUUUCUCUUGCCACAUUGGCAAAGCUUCCCAAGCUCUAUUGCCCCAUAGUCACGAAAGGUCUUCAGUAAUUGCUGGGAUGGUGAGUGGGUUUUGGGCUUCUAGCCCUCCAUUCCUUCGGUCGUGAAUUCCACUCAGUUAAAGACUCAAGAGAAUUGCUUAAAACUUACAUUUGGCAGUCACGCCUCAAACAAUGAAUUUGUGGAGAUCCAUUUAUUUAUUUACACUAACGAAGAAAAAACUGUAAUACUGCAUCAAAAUGAAACUUAGUGGCUGCUGAAUCACUGAGUAAUAGCGUAGAGUCGCUGCUUAAGCCUUUACCACAAUCAUUGCAAUGUUUGUUUGUAGACUGCUUGGUUUUUUGUAAAGUCGUGUGGCUGCGUGUGGUGCAUUAUUCCCAAGGUGCUCCUUACUGCUCUGAUGCUCUGUAUGUUCGCAGUACCGGGUAAGGCGGAAGGCUCUGUGGCUGGGGAAGAGUGGCUUGGACGUGUUGCUGCGCUCUCUGUUGCACCAGAAUUUCAACGGCUGGGUUUGGCUGCUAAAUUGAUGGAACUACUGGGAGAAAUUUCAGGAAAAAAGGGUGGAUUUUUCGUCGAUCUCUUUGUGAGCGUAUCAAAUCGGGUUGCAGUAAAUAUGUCUAAGCAGCUCGGCUCCCGUGUGUACCGGACAGUAUCGGAGCGCUACUCUGCUAGCAGUGGAGAGCCAGAUGAAGAUGCUUACGAUACGAGGAAAGCUCUUUGCAGAGAUACAGAGAAGAAAUCAAUUAUACCUCUGCCUCAUCCUGUGAGACCAGAAGACAAUGAGUAACUGUAAACUGUGAUUCUCAGACAACCUAGUGUCAGUUUCCUUCUCCCCAAAGCCCCCAAGAACUCUACAGAUGAGAAAUAUUAGGCUCAAUGUUUUUCCCCGUGAAAUACCAAAAAGCAACACUGAGAAGCUUCCCAACGCUGCUUCUGUCGGUAUUGGCUGCAUAUUCGUGCUCUUACCCUAUUGUUCUUCCUUUCGAACCGUGGCACUCUGGAGACUAUUAAAAUGGAAUUGCUUCCUGUAUGGUGGUGUCAUGGUUUUCCUUCUCGGCCACAAAACAGUCCCCUCACUUUGUCACUCUCACGGAGCCCUGCUCCGAAACUGAAAACGCCUGGCCGCUGCUCCCACACAGAAGGUGCCAGGAAGGAGUUCUGUUGCUGGCUCUCGCCUUCCCUUUGCAGCCAUAUAACUGCUGCGACAAAACCUGGGCUCCGUUCUUUCUGAGCCACAAAACCAGAAAUUGGGUACAUCA